CUCCCGGCAGCAUCUGGACAGUCCCCAGCCAAACGCAACAGUCUCAUCAUGGUUCCACAGACUCACGGACUGCUGCUUCUCUACUUUCUGCUCCAGCUCCAGGGACCCCUAGGGGCUGUGGUUUUCAUAACCCAGGAGGAAGCACACGGUGUCCUACACAGGCAAAGGCGUGCCAACUCACUCCUAGAGGAGCUUUGGUCUAGCUCCUUGGAGAGGGAGUGCAAUGAAGAGCGGUGCUCCUUUGAGGAGGCCCGAGAGAUCUUCAAGAGCCCUGAGAGAACCGAAUGUUAUCUUCCCAAGCCCCACACAGAUGCCCAGGUCAGGAGCCCCACCUAUAGCUCCUGAGCUCCUCCCUUGGACACUAAGUGCUACUUCUCAUGAACUCACAUGGCUUCUUCUUCCCUCUCAGAAGCAGUUCUGGACUAUUUACAGCGAUGGCGACCAGUGUGCCUCGAAUCCAUGUCAGAACGGGGGUACCUGCCAGGAUCACCUCAAGUCUUAUGUCUGCUUCUGCCCCCUAGACUUUGAGGGCCGGAACUGUGAGAAAAACAAGAAUGAGCAGCUGAUCUGUGCAAAUGAAAAUGGUGACUGUGACCAGUACUGCAGGGACCACGUAGGGACCAAGCGUACCUGUAGCUGUCACGAGGACUACGUGCUGCAGCCAGAUGAGGUGUCCUGCAAACCAAAAGUUGAGUACCCAUGCGGGAGAAUACCUGUUGUAGAAAAAAGAAACUUCAGCAGACCCCAAGGCCGGAUUGUGGGAGGCUAUGUGUGCCCCAAAGGGGAGUGCCCAUGGCAGGCUGUGCUGAAAUUCAAUGAGGCAUUGCUGUGUGGGGCCGUCCUGCUGGACACCAGAUGGAUAGUAACUGCAGCCCACUGCUUCGAUAAAUUCGGGAAAUUGGUAAACAUCACAGUGGUGUUGGGUGAACACGACUUCAGUGAGAAGGAGGGGACUGAGCAAGUACGGCUGGUGGAACAGGUCAUCAUGCCCAACAAGUACACCCGCGGCAGGACUGACCAUGACAUCGCCCUGGUCCGCCUUCACCGGCCUGUAACCUUCACUGACUACGUGGUACCUCUGUGUCUGCCUGAACGGGCCUUCUCCGAGAACACCCUAGCCAGCAUCCGCUUCUCGAGGGUCAGCGGCUGGGGCCAGCUACUGGACCGUGGUGCCACAGCUCUGGAGCUCAUGGUCAUCGAGGUGCCCCGGCUGAUGACCCAGGACUGCCUGGAGCAUGCCAAACACAGUGCUAACACCCCCAGAAUCACGGAGAACAUGUUCUGCGCCGGCUACAUGGACGGCACCAAGGACGCCUGCAAGGGUGACAGUGGAGGCCCACACGCCACCCACUACCAUGGCACUUGGUAUCUGACAGGUGUGGUCAGCUGGGGGGAGGGCUGUGCAGCUAUCGGCCACAUCGGGGUGUACACCAGGGUCUCCCAGUACAUAGACUGGCUGGUCAAAUACAUGGACUCCAAGCUCCGGGUUGGGAUUUCUCGAGUCUCCCUACUGUAGCUCCUUGGACAGUCCAGCCUGUCCAAGACGGAAGCCGAGGCUUGUGAAGCUAUUUUGUAUCAAAUCCUAUCGACUUGCCUGCUCUUCUUUUCCUGAGGGAGGAGAAGGAGCUAAAGAAGGGUGAAGAAGGCAGAGGAAGAGAUCAAACGAGAGGGGCUGGGAGAGGGGAAACAGAAAGCAGGGGAAGAGUCUGAGUUAGAGACUAGCAAGUCACUCAGAGGGUCUGGGCAGUGCAACCACAGACAGGCAGCCAGAAGGGCAGGGUGUCCUGAGGGAGACGAGGCUCAGGCCUUGCUCCUGUCUCCCCCACAGCCACCUCCUGUCUGCACAGGUUCUGUCUGCAGUGCUACACAGUAGGUGUGUUCACAUGCAUGUAGGACGUGUGAAUGUGAGUGCGUGUGCGUGUGCCCAUACUACACACGUCAUUCGUACUAUUGUUCCCUUUCGUCUAGUGCGAGCACCCUGUCUUUGUUUCCAUUAAAUGAGAAACACGGUCGGCAUGUGUCAUGUCAUCCUUC